AUGGCGAUCGUGCCAACGACUACCGAAAUGGCCACCAACGACUUAGCGAUUUCACCUCGACCAGAAGCCAGCCUCCUAGGGCUAUCCUCUGAGCUCCGCCUCGAGAUCUUCAAGCACCUCUUCCACCCUUACCUGUCCAGAGAGCUUUUCACCAUCUGGGACGUCUACAGCGAGGCUUACAAUCAGCGGCCUUUCAGCAUCCACAGACACAACCCGGACAACUACCUAGGGAUCCUUCGCACAUGCAAACUUUUCCACGAAGAAGCAAUGGAACUGCUUUAUUCUCAUCUGGACCCUACGGUUUGCAUCAUGGACAACCCUGAACCGCCCAUGGACCCGCACGACCUGAUCAGUGGACGCCCGGAGACGAUGAGGCUGUGGUACUUCGCGCGCCGGAUGACCCUGUGCGCUUUUCUCCACCCGGGGAAGUGGAACGGGCAGCUGGUGGUUGAGCGGUUACGGAACUUUGUUCAGAAUGCUCUGAGUGGGGGACGGAGGCUGAAGGAGCUGAAGAUUUGUCUGACUUCAGCGGAUGAUGAAAAAAUGCCGCGGUAUUUGGGACAGGUGCUGGAUGCGCUUAGUGAGUUGAGAGUGGACGGGCGGGUGAGGGUGGAGAUUGACUAUGAUCAGUAUGGAGAGGAGUGGGCGGGUUACGGGAAGGAAUGUGUGGCGCUCGAAAGGACUAUCCGAGGACGAAGUAAAAACAGUGCAACUCUCCAUGGUGAUCAGACUCCGAAGUAG